CACAGUCAAAGCGCUCUUUUGAGCUCUGUGCGUAAUGAGAAGGCUGUCUUCUCAGACUGGAGCAGCGCACGACAUGUCACACCUCUUUACUUUACCUCUUUGCCUUUACUGGCAGUUUGCCUAACUUCGUGCAUAAAGAGGACUAAAACAUGGGUAAACAGCACCAACAUCCAAACCUGGUCUUCGUAUUAAUCGAAUAUAUUUUGCUCGAUUUUAUAUGAUAUAUCGCUUUCAUAACCUCAUGAAAUUAGUUCACUUUUAUUUUGGAUAAGUAAUACAAAUUACUUUAUUGAAUAAUGACUUGGUUUUGGAACUAAUAGAUUUUUUUUAAGGGAGCUCUCGAGGCUAUUUUAAAUGUAAAGUCUAUGUCUGAAAUGAAUUACUCAUCCAAGUGAAGAGUACAGAACUAAACCAUGGAAAAUGUUACGUCAAAUCCAGAUAACCAGACGCUUGGUCCAUGGACUGAUUAUAGCAUGGAAUACAAAGUGGUCAGCAUAUUUUUUGUGAUCCUCAUCUGUGGGAUAGGAAUAGUUGGAAACGUUAUGGUGAUACUAGUUGUUCUUACAACCAAACACAUGCGGACACCGACCAACUGUUACCUGGUGAGCUUGGCGGUGGCCGACCUGAUGGUUCUGACUGCGGCGGGACUACCGAAUAUUACAGAGAGUUUCUAUGGAGGAGGCUGGGUGUACGGAUACGUCGGGUGCCUUAGCAUAACUUAUUUCCAGUACUUGGGCAUCAACGCGUCUUCAUGCUCCAUCACCGCUUUCACCAUUGAGCGGUACAUAGCCAUCUGCCACCCCAUAAAAGCGCAGUUUAUGUGCACUCUGUCAAGAGCAAAGAAAAUCAUCGUGGUCGUUUGGGCUUUUACCUCGCUCUACUGCGCCUUGUGGUUUUAUCUGUCUGACACGAAAGAGUUGACUUACGACAAUAUUACCUUGGUCUCAUGCGAAUACAAAGUGUCAAGAAAUCUUUACCUGCCAAUCUACUUCACUGACUUUGCCGUGUUCUAUGUGGUGCCUCUCAUGCUAGCCACUGUUCUGUAUGGAUUUAUCGCUAGAAUUCUUUUCCUCAACCCAUUGCCGGCAGACCCCAAGGAAAAUACUAAAAAGUGGAAAAAAGAAUCAUGCCAAGGAAACAGAAUGAUGAGCACCAACAAUUCAUCCUGUAGCACAACUGCCCGCUCUCGCAGGCAGGUGACUAAGAUGUUAGCUGUGGUGGUGGUGCUCUUCGCCCUCCUCUGGAUGCCCUACCGGACGCUGGUGGUGGUAAACUCCUUCCUGGACAAGGCUUACCUGGACCACUGGUUCCUACUCUUCUGCCGCAUCUGCAUCUACCUGAACAGCGCCGUCAACCCUGUCAUCUACAACGCCAUGUCUCAGAAGUUCCGCACCUCCUUCAAGAAGUUGUGUCACUGCGGUCCGCAGCGAUUGGAGAAGCCGGCGUCUUACAGCGUGGCCCUGACCUACAGCGUCAUCAAGGACACAACCAAUGGAGAGAGCCCUGACCAUUUUACCGAGAUGGACGAGUUGGCCACGCCCACACCCAGUGACCAGUUCCUGCCCAGCACCAAGAGGAUGUCAUUCGAGGACCCCUCUCUGUCAGGCAGGGUUGCCCUUAGCACUCCCUGACGGGAAAAGUAAAUCCAUUCAGGCUCUUGUUUGGGAAUUCUAUUCUAUAAUUCAUUUUCUGCAGAGGAAUUGAUUUAGUAUUUGAGCAGUACAACGGCAAACAUUAAAUACCAAAAAUGUGUUGUCAAUAGAGGAAGGAAUGCUUAAUUUCUUUAUCUAGCAUGGUGCAAAUAUAUUCUCCCCUCUCUGUAGCCAUCUUAGCACAAAGCACCCAAUUUUAGGCAUUGUUUAAAUCAGUCCUCAACAUUGUGUGACACACAGAUUUAAUUUGCGAGGUAAUACUGCUUUCACUGCUUUCACAUACUGAGCAACAGUUUCCAUCUCUGUAGAGUGUUUUCCUACAAAGGGAAAGAUGUUAUCCCUCUUUUUUAUCUGGAGAAGUCUAGGCCAGGUACUCUGUGUGUGUGUGUGUGGGUGUGUGUGUGUGUGUGUGGGUGUGUGUGUGUGUGUGUGUGUGUGUGUGUGUGUGUGUGUGUGUGUGUGUGUGUGUGUGUGUGUGUGUGUGUGUGUGUGUGUGUGUGUGUUUAAAAGAUAAGCUGUUAUCCCUCUUUUUUAUCUGGAGAGGUCUAGACCAGGUACUCAGUGUGUGUGUGUUUGUGUGUGUGUGUGUGUGUGUGUGUGUGUGUGUGUGUGUGUGUGUGUUUAAAAGAUAAGCUCACUCUACAGGAGGAGUCAGACUGUCUGGCCAUAGUUGUUUGAACCAGCCUGCUACUUUGCAUGUUUGAAAACAGCACAGCGAGAAUGUGAUCACUGACCACAUUUCAAAGGCAAAAUUCAGAGGAGGCAGAGUAUUAAAACCAUCUCUGCUCGAGGGGUGUAAAUAUCACACAUCGCUUUGAAACCUGCCUGUCAGGGAAAUAGAGAUGAGGUGGGAUGAAAUUUCGUUAAAGGUUACUGAUGAUGAAAAGGACUGAUAGCAAAGCAAUGACACUCCAGAUCUUUCAUCCGUUUGAUUGCUCAAUGCCAUUUGACUUUAUAGUAACCUUAUUGGGGACUAUAAAUCAGGCUCACCUGAUAUGGAACGUUCUGCAAGGGCUAGUGUCAAAAAUGUAUAGUAACCUUAUAGGCUAAAAGGUUCACCCGAUAUGAAACGUUCCGCAGGGGCUUGUGUCAAAAAAUGCAGCAUGGUUAAACAUCCUGCUGUACCCAUAAUGGACUACUGUGUUGUGGAAUCAAUCAAAAAGAGUUGAAAGGCCCAGAGUCCAUAAUGAGAAAGAUCUUUGAUAACUCAGACACCUGGGUGGUUGAUGGUUGUCUUUAGGUCAGGGGCCUGACAUGACCAGACCAAACAUUAUGUUGACAUCUGCAACAGCAGAGACUGAUGGUAGCAUUUCCCCUUAAUGGAUCCCCCCCCAAGAACAUCCCACAGAGCAGCUAUUCCCAAACCGGGGUACGCGCAAUGCCGUCGGGGGUACGCCAAAUAAAAAGGUGAUUCACAUUAAAAAAGAUGAAAAAUUCUUCACAUUUUCAAACAAUACAUUUAUAUUUUCCAACGGGGCUAUACAUUUGGGUGAGUUUUUUUCUCACCUGAGAAACCUAGUUUCACUGCCAAAAAUAAAAUUAAACCAUCUAGUGUUCAGCGAAAUAACAACACAAUGUCAAAUACAGGUAGCCUAGUCAUAUAAUGAACAUCCAAUCACAUUAACCGUUACUCUCUCGCAGGAAUUCCACUAACGGUCCGUAUGUAGCCAAACAUAGCUGCUGCUCAUUCCGUUAGUUCGAAAAUUGAUAAAUAGUUACAAAAAGUAAGGCCCGCGUCCAUAGAGACACAUACCAGCUCUACUGGUAGUGCUGCUACUACCAGCAGUAUAACACCUGCACCUGUCGACGACACAAGUUGUACUGCGUCCACGAGCACAUCCAAUGCUAGCAUCAGUGAUUCUACAUUUGUUGUUAGCCCAGCUAGCAUGGACACUGACAGUUGUGAAUCUGAUGCAGCCGAAGAGCUACUGCCCCCUUACCCGGGAAAGCACCGAACAACAGACAGGGACAUUGGACUAUAGAAGAGAUGCAAAUAUGAUGAGAAUUACACUUAUAUUGGGAGUAGUGUAUUUCCUCAGCCACAGUGUGUUAUAUGUGCAAAAGUACUAUCUCGCAACUCGAUGAAACCUUCACUCUUGCGCAGACAUUUAGAAACAAAACAUGCCAAUUUGAAAAAUAAGCCACAGGAGUUUUUUGAGCGAGAAUUAAGACGAAUUUCGAGUAGUAAGACAUGUAUAAAAGCAACAGAUACCAUGAACAACAGAUACCGUCUUAUAUGGUGAACUACCGAGUGGCUAGGACAGGCAAGCCACAUACUAUCGUGGAGGACUUAAUUCUACCUGCUGCCGCGGAUAUGGCUGGGACAAUGCUGGGGGAAAAGGCCAAAAAAACGACACCUUCAUCAAACAACACUGUUUCACGACUCAUCAGUGACAUGGCAGGAGAUGUUAUGAAACAACUACUGCUUCGCAAACAAGCCAGUAAAUUCUGUGUGUUACAGCUGGAUGAGUCAACAGACAUGGCGGGCCUGGCACAGCUACUGGUAUAUGUCCGUUACGUUUAUGGAAACCAGGACAACAGGAGAGGAUAUUUUUAAAGUACUGGACAGCUUUGUGACAUCAAAUGGACAUGGUCAAGAUGUGUUGGUAUCUGUACUGAUGGCGCAAAAGCCUUGACAGGGAGACAUAGUGGAGUGGUAACGCGUGUGCAAGCCGUUGCUCCCGAUGCCACUAGGGUACACUGCAGCAUCCACCAAGAGGCUCUUGCUGCCAAGGGAAUGCCUGACAGCUUUAAAGACGUUUUGGACACUACAGUGAAAAUGGUUAACUUUGUUAAAGCAAUGCCCCUGAACUCUCAUGUAUUUUCUGCACUAUGCAAUGAUAUGGGCAGCGACCAUAUAACGUUUUUACAACAUACAGAAGUGCGCUGGUUAUCAAGGGGCAAAGUAUUGACAUGUUUUUUUGAAUUGAGAGACGAGCUUGAAGUUUUCUUUACUGACCGUAAUUUUCACUUGUCUGACUGUUUGAUUGAUGUCGAGUUUCUCACACGACUGGCCUAUCUGGCUCAUGUUUUUUCUCGCCUGGAUGAUCUGAAUCUAGGAUUACAGGGACCUUCCCGCUUAAAAAGAUGAGAGAGGCCUGUAAUGUUCAUCAUAGGUACACUGCAACUAUGACAGACAAAGUUAGGAAAAAAAUCCAGAAAAUCACAUUGUAGGAUUUUUUAUGAAUUUAUUUGCAAAUUAUGGUGGAAAAUAAGUAUUUGGUCACCUACAAACAAGCAAGAUUUCUGGCUCUCACAGACCUGUAACUUCUUCUUUAAGAGGCUCCUCUGUCCUCCACUCGUUACCUGUAUUAUUGGCACCUGUUUGAACUUGUUAUCAGUAUAAAAGACACCUGUCCACAACCUCAAACAUUCACACUCCAAACUCCACUAUGGCCAAGACCAAAGAGCUGUCAAAGGACACCAGAAACAAAAUUGUAGACCUGCACCAGGCUGGGAAGACUGAAUCUGCAAUAGGUAAGCAGCUUUGUUUGAAGAAAUCAACUGUGGGAGCAAUUAUUAGGAAAUGGAAGACAUACAAGACCACUGAUAAUCUCCCUCGAUCUGGGGCUCCACGCAAGAUCUCACCCCGUGGGGUCAAAAUGAUCACAAGAACGGUGAGCAAAAAUCCCAGAACCACACGGGGAGACCGAGUGAAUGACCUGCAGAGAGCUGGGACCAAAGUAACAAAGCCGACCAUCAGUAACACACUACGCCGCCAGGAACUCAAAUCCUGCAGUGCCAGACGUGUCCCCCUGCUUAAGCCAGUACAUGUCCAGGCCCGUCUGAAGUUUGCUAGAGAGCAUUUGGAUGAUCCAGAAGAAGAUUGGGAGAAUGUCAGAUGAAACCAAAAUAUAACUUUUUGGUAAAAACUCAACUCGUCGUGUUUGGAGGACAAAGAAUGCUGAGUUGCAUCCAAAGAACACCAUACCUACUGUGAAGCAUGGGGGUGGAAACAUCAUGCUUUGGGGCUGUUUUUCUGCAAAGGGACCAGGACGACUGAUCCAUGUAAAGGACAGAAUGAAUGGGGCCAUGUAUCGUGAGAUUUUGAGUGAAAACCUCCUUCCAUCAGCAAGGGCAUUGAAGAUGAAACGUGGCUGGGUCUUUCAGCAUGACAAUGAUCCCAAACACAGUGCCCGGGCAACGAAGGAGUGGCUUCGUAAGAAGCAUUUCAAGGUCCUGGAGUGGCCUAGCCAGUCUCCAGAUCUCAACCCCAUAGAAAAUCUUUGGAGGGAGUUGAAAGUCCGUGUUGCCCAGCAACAGCCCCAAAACAUCACUGCUCUAGAGGAGAUCUGUAUGGAGGAAUGGGCCAAAAUACCAGCAACAGUGUGUGAAAACCUUGUGAAGACUUGCAGAAAACGUUUGACCUCUGUCAUUGCCAACAAAGGGUAUAUAACAAAGUAUUGAGAUAAACUUUUGUUAUUGACCAAAUACUUAUUUUCCACCAUAAUUUGCAAAUAAAUUCAUUAAAAAUCCUACAAUGUGAUUUUCUGGAUUUUUAUUUCUCAUUUUGUCUGUCAUAGUUGAAGUGUACCUAUGAUGAAAAUCUCUCUCAUCUUUUUAAGUGGGAGAACUUGCACAAUUGGUGGCUGACUAAAUACUUUUUUGCCCCACUGUAUAUUCAAUGUGCGGGACAAAAUUGAGGCUAUGAUUAAGAAGUUGGAGCUCUUCUCUGUCUGCAUUAACAAGGAGAACACACACAUCUUUCCAUCAUUGUAUGAUUUUUUGUGUGCAAAUGAACUCAAGCUUACGGACAAUGUCUAAUGUGAUAUAGCGAAGCACCUGAGUGAGCUGGGUGCACAAUUACGCAGGUACUUUCCCGAAACGGCUGACACAAACAACUGGAAUCGUUAUCUCUUUCAUGCCCUGCCUCCAUUCCACUUACCGAUAUCUGAACAAGGGAGCCUUAUCGAAAUUGCAACAAGCGAUUCUGUGAAAAUUGAAUUUAAUCAGAAGCCACUGCCAGAUUUCUGGAUUGGGCUGCGCUCAGAGUAUCCUGCCUUGGCAAAUCGUGCUGUUAGGACACUGAUGCCCUUUGCAACCACGUACCUAUGUGAGAGUGGAUUCUCGGCCCUCACUAGCAUGAAAACUAAACACAAGCACAGACUGUGUGUGAAAAAUGAUUUAAGACUGAGACUCUAAUACAACCCAACAUUGCAGAGUUAUGUGCAUUCUUUAAAGCACACCCUUCUCAUUAACCUGUGGUGAGUAAUUCACAAUUUUUGAUGAACAAAUAAAGUUUUAUAUGUAAGAUGGCUAAAUAAAGAGCAAAAUUAUUGAUUAUUAUUAUAUUAUUAUUUGUGCCCUGGUCCUGUAAGAGCUCUUUGUCACUUCCCACGAGCCGGGUUGUGACAAAAACUCACAUUCAUUCUUAUGUUUAAUAAAUGUAUCAUAUAGUGUGUGUAUGGCAGGCUUUAAAUGAUGGCAAAAAACAACAUUUGAGAGUGCGCUGACCCUGGUGCUAGAGGGGGUACGCAGCUGGAGGUUGAACAAUUGAUGGGGUACUUGACUAUAAAAUGUUUGGGAGCCAUUGCCACAGAGCAAAGGCGAGAUUAGAGGAUUCAUCAAUGCCAAAGUGUUUUACUUUGGAGGUUUGAGGGAGGCUGGUGUGUCGUGGUACAGCCAUAAAGCAUGGGCACAGUGUCAAAAAACAGAAAGAUAAAGCAUAAAAGGAACGAGCAUUGAUUGAAUUUAGAAUUCAAAUCAGGAGAAAAUAUACAGUUCUUUGUUGUUUAUUUUAUACUGACGAAACGCCCUCUCUGUCCCUUUUAGGUGUAAAAAUGCUUGCAAUUGAUUGUUCGGUGCCAUGAGAAAUAUGUUUUUCAAUGUAUGUUUCAGACCUGUUCUCAAUUCCUACCUUUGAAACCAUUUCAAUUGUCUGCCAGUAGAGCUAUUGUGUAAUAACGUCGUUUGUUUUGUUCAGUUUUAUCGUUUGUUCCAAUCAAUGUACAGUAUUUUGCUACGGAGCGAUCAAUGUGGAGCUACGCUGCUCUUCUCUGGUAACACUACAACUGCGGUAUGUUUCAAAGAAGGUACGUUUCAUCUACUGUCUCCGCUGCACAGUUUCCACCAUAAAAGGGAGCGGUGCCUGGUAGCGAGUUUGCAGCAUGGACACUGUAAAACAAAUGAUGUUGUGCUGUGAUUUCAAAAAGAAAGACAUCUAUGUACAGUAUACAGUUUAUCUUCACUCAGCAAUGUUGUGUAACCUGGUCUCUCUUGCCGGCAGUUCUCUGCAUUGUAAAAACUGCUCUUGUUGUUUGGAUGGUUUGUGGUUUGUAUUUUGUAUUGUUAUUUGUCUAUAAGAAAUAAAUUGAUCAUUGAUCAUGUAGUCUGUCAAAUAUUGAUAACUACUCUCAGAA